AUGCUCUCACGCAAAGCAAACGAACUAAUCUGUCUAGAUCCCGAACUCGAGAGAGUUAGCUGUAGCUCGGACGGUAAAUCCUCGCCUGCUCGGGGACAGUCGAGCUGUUCGAGCCCGGACUACGUCUUAAAAGAGUCUAUGCGGAUCAAGACAAGAAGUCUGUCCUUAUCUUCCGGUUUCGAGUAUAACAAGGUUCUGUUCGACCUGCACAUCGACCCAACUAGAUGGGAUGAGUUCUCGAGUGACGUUGCGAAAGCCAGUCGCCUCAACCGCAAUGACAAGGCCGCCAUCAUCGCGACCAUUGCGGGCUUUUCAAUGCUGGGCUUGGCAGGCGUUGGAAUUGUGUUAGGCGAACGCGUGCACUCUGCGAAGAAGAUGCGACGCGUGAUGGCGAACCGCGAGGAGGGUGGAAUACUCGCUGAGGUGCUACAUUCGUGGAACGAGAACUACUUUUCUCAGUUCGGAGUAAGCGUUUGGGUCGAGGUGAGCGAGGUCGCGUUACGAAACCAGGCGAAGAAAGCGGGAAUGCCGGCAGCGUAUUCGGAGCACGCUGAUGGAAUAUCGACGAAGCUCUCGUUCAGCAAGCAAGCGCGUAAAAAGGCUGAGGAAGCCAGGAAGUACAUGGUUGUGGUCAGCCCGUUGGCGCGCAAUGCUGAAUCCGAAUCGACAUCGCGCGACUCAUCGGCGAUACCAAAUCAUUCGUUCGGACUUGUUAUGGAUUCUCACGUGGAAGACUUGAUCGACUUGACUGAUGACUGGUCAUAUCAGCCGGACGCACACGAGCCCGAGGAUCCAUUUGCCGAUCCGCCGGAGUAUCUAAGGACUGUCUACCAUUCCAAGUUCACGAAUGUGGAAGAGCUUGCGUAG